CUCGUCCUGUAUAAAUUAACAACGUACUAACAGGAAGAGUUUUCGUUUGACAGAGUCACUCUUGGAGAUCGAUGCCAAACUAGUUUCAUCUUUUCCUAAGAUGCACUGGGCCACGAGAUGAAUGUAUGCCAGUCCGCAGCUGUUUUUACUGAAAUUCGCUGCGGUUCUAUACCUGAUACCAGUGUUUUCAUUACUGCUUUGUAUUUUCCGAGGGACCCGCUGGUAGCAGUAAAUGGCCACCGCGGUUGCCACCGAGCAGAAAGCCACAGCGUGGUGUAGCUAUUUUUUCCUUUAUGACUCUUCAAAAGUUAAAGAAGAGGGUGAUCCAACUAGUGCCGGGAUCUAUUAUUUUUUUCCUUCACAGACCACCAUUGACCAACAGGAAUUGCUCUGUGGGCAAGUCGCUGGAGUAGUUUGCUGCAUUACUGAGAUUUCGGGAACUCCACCCAGUCUGAUCCGCUUGCGAAAGCUGAAGUUUGCUAUCCAAGUGGAUGGGGAAUACCUCUGGGCUCUUGGAUGUGCCAUAAAUGUCCCUGAUGUGAGCUGUAAGCAUUUUCUGGAUCAACUUAUAGGUGUCUUUACAUUUUACAAUGGAUCCAGUAAGCACGUGUACCAGGUGCGGGAUCAAGCAGAGCUGGCCCGUCAGUGGGAGCUGUACAUGGAGCAUAUCCAACAAAACAGCUGUGGCCUGUAUCGGACUUUCAACUCCCUGUGGAACCUGGACAGGACUGAUGUGGAUCCCCUCUUGCUGUUGAAAGCUGCGCUCAUUUUACAGAGCUGUCAGCGUUGCCCAGAGAUCCUGGCUGGUUGCAUCCUGUACACCAACCUAAUAGUGAGCUCUCAACUUCCGCCUGAAGUAACAGCAAAAGUACUUGCUUACCAGCCCGGAGUCUGUGGUCAGAGUCUGACAGAGCGAUCAGAUGAUGCUCCAUUACCUCAGGAUGUUACAAUUUUGCCUGUGUUUGUGACUGAAGAGGAAUCUGCAGUUCUGCGGCAAUACUCGGUUGAAUGGAUGUAUGGGACACCCGAGAGCCCAAACCCAGAUUCCUUUGAGAAAAGGACUCAGAAACUGCUGCUCUCCAGAACACUGUCGGACAGUCCAGAUCCUGAGGAAAUGAGUACUGGUUGCAGCCACUCCAAGGCAAACUACACUGAGUUUGAGACCUCGUAUCCAAACUCCAAAGACAGGAAUGCACCAAUGGACUCUGUGGAUCCAUCCCAGAAUUAUCAAGGAAAGCACAUCACACAAUCUCAUCCAAUGGAAUUUGACUACAAGUCUUUAGGGAGUGCAAGCUCUCAUCCACAGAACAAAGCCUCAUUGUCUUCUUCUCCUGGACAUUCUGGGCCUUCGUCACAUUUGGAUGAAGGGCAGUCCAAGGGAGAAUCCAAGCACUUUGUUGAUCUCUACAUGGAACUGACUGAGGACAGAUUAGCUAAUGUGAGUGGUUGUCCUACCUCUAACUCUGUGACCGAGCACCUGGUGCCUCAUUCUGAAAGCAGUCCUGGUUAUGAGCAAAAGGAGGCUGGUGUCGUGCCUACUUUAAUCUGCUCUGCUGAUGUCCAAAGUUCACCCUUGCAGCAACAUCAGAGCUCUCUACCUGAUGAUGCUCAGAAGACCCACAGUGCCACAGUUGGAGGCACUCUUGCAGGGUACAGAGAAGGCAGCACAGAAAUUAAACAGGAUGCAUCCCUGGCACAUGAACCCACAGACCAUGGAAACUUGGUGAAGCUAAGCCUUUAUGUUCACACAGUGAAAGGGUUGGUAAUGUCUCUUCUGGCCGAAGAUGGAUUUGGAGCCAAUCACAGGGCUAUUGAAGAUGUUUACCACAGCUCUCUGGCCUCCUUAAAUGGGUUAGAAGUGCACCUGAGUGAGACUUUACUUGGCAGGAAUUUCUGCAACUUACUUGGCUUUAACUUUGCACAUUAUGACUGCAUUCAACACAUACUGACAGCUCAGCUCUCUUCUGGGGCACAGAAGGGUCACUUUCUCAGAGCCACUUCCUUGAUGCACACUGACUUGAACUUCAACAGUGGCAUUCGUGAGAUGACUGUCAGAAAUGCCUCCACUGCCGUUUACAGCUGCCGCAAUUCUGCCCAGGAAACUCACUUCCAAUAUCUCGCAACUCCAGUCCGCAACUCUGGGGUUCCGAAUCCUCACGACAGUGCCUUUGCUUUACCGGGAAGAGCCAAGCAGAAGCUGCUAAAGUACGGAGUGAACCUGCUCUGAGCAGCAGCGUUCUCCAAGAUUUAGACUGCAGUAUUAUACGAACAAUUGCUAGCACAUUUAUUUUUAAAAGAGCAAAUGAACAAAGGUAUAUUUUAAAAUCGCACAUCCUAUUUACAAUCAUUACUGGGGGUCUGAGGAAGUGCUCAUUGUUUCUCUGCUUAAAUUGAGUGAUACCUGGACCACCCUAAUAACUUGCUUUGGUUUUGUUUUGGGGGCUCUGGAGAGAGAAGAGAGAUCCAAGACAACUACUCCGGGCUCGAACCAGGGUUUCUGCCCUUUCUGCAAAAUAAUUGACAGACCAGUCCAGAGAAUCUGAUGGGAGACCUUUUGUGAAGCUAACUGUUGUGUCAGGUGAAAUGGAAUAUUGGCAAAACACUUAUGGGAAGAAUUGUCAAUUCCUCUAAUUUUUCUGGUUAACUUUCACUGCAGUCAAAGAAAAGCAACGGUUUGCGUUUAUAUAAUGCUGUAAGUAAAAUGUCCCGGACUCUCCAAUGGAUGGUCAAGCAGAAUUUGAUGCUGAGCCAUGUGGGAGAUACUGGAACAGGUUACCCAAAGUUUGGUCAGAGAAACCUUUAAGGAACAUCUUGCAGGAGGUUGGAGAAGCAGAUAGAUUUAAGGAGGGAUCUGCAGACUUUGGAGGCUGCUGUAAAUGGGUGAUAUCACUUCCAAAUUUUGACCAUUUGAACAGAAUGACACUAUUAGAAUACUUUUAAUGUUUUUAUUCUCAGUGUUUUUACUCUUGCUCCUGUUGUAUUGUGGGUGCUGCCCAGUGUAACUCUGGAGGACAUCACAACAACUUCAACCUGACAUUCAGUGAUAUGCAUUUGCUUUUUCAGGGGUGUGAACCCUGGCCUCUUUACCUUGCCCCCUCUACCCAUGAAGCUCUUGAGACUAAUUAUAACAGCAGUCUGCUGCUCCUAAUGCAGCACCUGAUACUUCCUGGAAGCCAGGUUUGUUAAAUGAUGACUCCAUCCACCCUUAUUGAUGUACGUAUAUCUAGGUACAGGUUAACAUGCUGAUUUGACAAUCCAAUAUAUAGAUGGUUUUUUUCAUGUGUACUAUAAUAGUAUUUUUAUAGUAACAAAUGAAAAUCUCUUGAUAUUAAUGGUUUUUCUUUCUCGGUUAUUUAACAUCCAGGGGCACAUGAUAUUUUUCCCUUGGUUAAGUUUUGCACUUUACACAGAAGCAAGUAACCUUAAGGUUAUUGAUAACUAGGAAUGGUUUUCUUAACAUUCAAAGUUUUGCCACAAACCAUAUAAUGGAGUUUAAUAUAGAACACCUGAACAUGUAUUUUAUUGAAUGCAAGAGGUUUUAAUUUGGGGGGGGGGGGGGGGUGAGGGUGGGAGGAGGUAAGUGAGGAACAUAAGAAUGCUAAGGACCCAGUUGGUGCAGAUGACAGGUUAACAUAGAACAUUACAGCACAGUACAGGCCCUUCGGCCCACAAUGUUGUGCCAACAUUUUAUCCUGCUCUAAGAUCUACCUAACCCUUUCCUCCCACAUAGCCCCCCAUUUCUCUAUCAUUCAUGUGUCUAAGAGUGUCUUAAUGUCCCCAAUAUAUCUACACCCACAACCUCUGCCAGCAGUGUGUUCCACGCACCCACCACUCUCUGUGUGUAAAAAAAACACUUACCCCUGACAUCCCCCUUAUAUUUUCCUCCAAUCACCUUAAAAGUAUGUCCCCUCGUGUUAGCCAUUGUCGCCCCGGGAAAAAGUCUGUGACUGUCCACUCGAUCUAUGCCUCUUAUCUGUCUGCACCUUUCCAUUUCAGAUGUUGAUCAACAGCUCUGUUUUUUAAACACUACAAUUCCUUCCUUAAAUUUUUGAUGCAGUGUUGAAAGUUUGCGAAACUGGAAGCUUAAGAUUUGAUCUGUAAAGUCAUGAUUUCUGUGAUAACUUUACCCAGCAUAGGAUGGGAUGGAGGGAGAACAAACUUGCUCAAAAUCCUGGAUCCAGUGAGCAAUUGAUAACAAUACAGAAAACAUGCACUUAGCUGGUGGUUCCUACCCUGGGAGAGGAAGCCAUCCGUCUACGUUGAAAUCAUUAAAAAUGUAAAUUUAACGUAUACAGUGAUAGGUGUCUUAUACUUACAGCAGACUAGCGUUAUUGUGGUCUGGCAUCAAACAAAGGCUGAUAGAUUGGAGAAACAAAUUAACAAGAGAGUUCGUUGAAGCCACCCUUUAUAAAAUGGCUCUAGAUAUAUGCCUGGAAAGGAGCAGUGAAUAGCAAUCUUGCAUUGAGACGUCUCGCUAAAUUGUGUUAAGAUGUGUUGUAAAGGAAUGAGCUUAAUCUAAUCCUUUCUCAUUCCUAAAACCUUUCAAGAUAGAUUCUCUACUCAAAUAGGGAGAAGAUUGAUCCCAUUAUUCUUAUAUAAUGUUUUAGUGAAAAUGAUAUGAAAUAAUUUAUAGCCAAUUUCAUUGCUUGCUUACUUCAAUGAAAAACUUUUAUCGCUAUAAGUAUGUAGCAUUUUUUUUUACUCUCUCUUCCCCGAAGACCACCAAGAACGAAGCACAAUUGCCUACCGUCAUUAUAAUGCUGUUCCAAAGUAUAUCUACGAUCAGGAGACACAAGAGACUGAAGGUGCUGGAGAAGUCACAAACAAUCUGCUGGAGGAACUAAAGCCCUGACGCAGAGCCUCAACCUAAAAAGUCAACAGUUCCUUUACCUCCCGUCCACCCCCACAGAUGUUACUCAACCCACUGAGUUCCUCCAGCCGAUUGAUUACAUCUAUAAAUAUGUGGGAGUCAAUACUGCAUCUCUGACACCACGAUUUAAUGAUGCAUUCUCAACCUGCCUCACUCACUCUCGUUCCUCUUCAGCCUCAAUGAAGGGGCUGGGUUUUUUUUAUAGCGUGGCAGCACCCCAUCUAUAAUUAGCCUUGCAGUCUUGUGUUUUGUACAGAUUUAGUACUUCUUGACAGCAGGACCUUGCAGUGUAAUGGAGACACAAGAGACUGCAGAUGCUGAAAUCUGGAGUAAGAAAAACUAGCUGCUGCAGGAACUCAGCAGGAGUGCAGAUGAAAGGUCUUGACCCAAAACGCUGACCAUCCAUUUCCUUCCACAGAUGCUGCCUGACCUGCUGAGUUCCUUCAUGUUUUUUUUAAUUCCUUGCAGUCUAAGCUGCAACCUGACUAAUCAUUUAUUUACUACUUAUCAACAUAUAUUAUCUGUUAUCUGCAAUACUGAUAGAUCCUUGUUUUAAUGGUGCAGUAAACCUCCGAUAAUCUGGCAUCCUCAGGCCUAGUGAGAUAUGGGCCAUACGCAGGCAAAUGGGGCUAGCUCAGAUAGACAUCAUGGUCAGCAUGGGUGAGUUGGGCCAAAGGGCCUGCUUGCGUGCUGUGUGACUCCAUGACUGUGAUGGUGUUGGACUGGGAGAUUUUCCAGGCAAUUGGAUGUUACUCCAACACCCUUUCAGUUUGUUUUUCUUUACUUGUCACACUGAACCCAUGAGUUUAAAGGGAGCAGGGUGUAGAAGCCCUGGCUACUUGAUGGUCGGCAUGGACAGGGUGGGCUGAAGGGCCAUGUUUCUGUUCUUCAUGACUGAGAACCAAGUGAGUCUCAGCUUGUCAUCCCAGCACUUCCGCACCCGGCUCUCUCCACGCGUCUACCCAUUUCCUGGUACUCCUGACACCCCCCCCCAGCUCCUCCCCCUUGCACACUGAACCCCUGGCUGACCAUCCCAGACUACGGAAUGAGCCACAUGCUGAACCAUCGGGAUUUCCAAAUGAUCGGAUGCAGAUUCCUGGAGUUUUACUGUACUUUGUGGAAACUUGGAAAAAUCGACUGUACCAAACAUGAGAGAUUCAAUGUACUGAGUUCAUGCAUCUGUGCAAUAAACAAGCUCUGCAGACUGUAAUCUUCUUUGAGUAAAGUAUCGAGGGUCCAGAUAAUUCUAGUGAAUUACUUGCUAAAUCCUUCAUUGCCAUCCUGUGGAGUGGUAAGAUGCUGGGUUUUCUCUAAGCUCCUGACUAACAUCAAUAUGUCUUCUGUCAUCAGUAACAAAUUGCAUUUCCAUAGCACCCUUUUUCAUAAUGGAACAGGAUUGUUGAUCAAACCAAAUUUGGGACGAUGCCAGAUAAGAAGAUAUUAGGAGAGAUGAUCAAAACCUUGGAUCAAACAGGUAGGUCUGAAGAAAAUGGAGGAGAGGAGUUGGUGAGUUCCAGAGACAGAAUUCAGGCCUUCAGUAGUUGGAACCACUGUCACCAAGAGAGUGGA